AUUUACUUCGCCACAAUUUCUAUGCCUCGUUGGUGCUUGGAACAAUUGUGUCUUAUUACCGCACACCGGACACACCAUUUCUCGUGUAGCUUUGAAGUUAGUUAAAAUGUCGACAACGUCAUCGUCGGACGAUGACGAUUUUUUAAUGUGGCAAUUAUCAAGAAGAAAAAGACGUUUUUGGGUUCAUCCGUAUAAUGAAGAUUGCACAAUUCACGGAAAUUUCAUACUUUCACAACAGCUGAAAUCUGACGAAGACAAAUUCCAGUUAUAUCAUCGAAUGUCUCAAAAUACAUACCAAUUAUUAUUGGAUCUAGUUAAACCAAGUUUAACAAAACAAAAUACCCACUACAGAGAUUGUGUUCCUGCUGAAGAGCGCUUAUUGAUCACUAUAAGGUGGAAUUUACCUAACUGCAUAGGCGCAAUAGAUGGGAAACAUAUUCGGAUACAGAAACCUAUGAACUCAGGAUCAUCGUACUUUAACUAUAAAGAAUAUUUUUCCAUACAUCUUAUGGCAUGUGCUGAUGCAAAUGGAUCAUUUGCAACUGUCGACGUAGGGGAUUAUGGUCGGAACAAUGAUUCAGGAGUAUUUAGAAAUUCAGGCUUAGGCCAUGCACUAUGUAAUAAAACAUUAAAUAUACCUGAGUCAGUGCCAUUGCCAGGUGAAGAGCAAUUCGGACAACCAAAAAUAGUCGAGUGCGCCUUCGGCAUGCUUGUAUCCAAAUUUCGAGUAUUCGAAACGCCAAUCUCAUGUUCCGUUCAGAAAGUUGAUAAAAUCGUUAAGGCUGCUUGUGUUUUACACAAUUUCAUAAAAAACCAUGAUAAUAUUAUUUUAAAUCCGACUGAUGAUGCAACAAACAUUACCAAUAUCCCCAUAAUAAUAAACCAAGGAAGACCAAAUAACAAUUCAACAGAAUCUAGAGAAUACCUAUGUAAUUAUUUUCAGAAACCAUACGGCUUGGUACCAUGGCAAAAUAAAUAUACAGUAUAA